GGAAUUAACCAAAUUUAAUUCCUUUCCAUGCUUACACAUGGCCUCUCCUCUUCCCCUAAACGUGCCUGUGCCUUCUGUCACCCCAAAAACUGAGUCUCAUCAUAACUGUUACAGAAGCUCUCUUCUACUUUUCUUCACACACACCCAACAUUCAUAUCUAGAUCUCUAUAUAUUUUCCUUUCCCCAUUCAUCAUCUGGGUUGGUCUUACAGUCAUGAUCUUUAUCAAUAUUCUAUAUGUCAUGCAUGCAUAGAUCAUACAUGGAAAAUUUGCUUCUUUCUCUUUGUUUUCCAUUACUACUAUUCCUUGUAUUACCACCCACAGAGGCCUUUUACCUUCCCGGAAGCUACCCUCAUCGGUAUGGUGAUGGAGAUUUGUUAUCUGUCAAGGUAAACUCCCUUACAUCCAUUGAGACCGAAAUGCCUUAUGGGUAUUACACUCUUCCCUUCUGCAAGCCUAUUGAUGGUGUCCAGAACAGUAGGGAGAAUCUGGGUGAGCUUCUCAUGGGUGACCGGAUUGAAAGCUCCCCGUAUCGGUUCAAGUCUUAUGUUAAUGAAACAGAUGUGUUUGUAUGCUCCACCGGGCCUCUGUCGAAAGAAGAAGCUAGGAUCAUGAAACUUCGUAUCGAUCAAGUUUACCAGGUGAACCACAUUCUUGAUAAUCUUCCUGCCAUUAGGUACACGGAGAAGGGUGGAUUCAGACUCAGAUGGAUAGGGUUUCCUGUGGGGCUGAAUUUCAAUAAUGUGUAUUAUGUCUUCAACCAUCUGAGAUUCAAGGUUCUGGUUAAUAAGUAUGGAGAUGAUCAUGCCAUUUCCCAAGCCUCUGGUGCAAUUGAGGAGGGUGUUGAUGUUGUGAAGAGCUCAAGAACUAGGCAUAAUAACGUGACUCAACGGAUUAUUGUAGGUUUUGAGGUCACUCCAUGCAGUCACAGGCAUGACAUUAAGCAGAUGGGCAAUCUUCAAAUGUAUCAGAAAUUCCCUAGGGGGAUAAACUGUGAUCCAUUGUCGCUGGCCAUGGUGGUGAAGGAAGGAGAGCCCAUUGUUUUCUCUUAUGAAGUCUCCUUCGAGGACAGCGACAUCGAAUGGUUGUCAAGGUGGGAUGCGUAUUUGAAGAUGGAGGGAUCACAAAUUCACUGGUUUUCAAUCCUGAAUUCUCUCAUGGUUGUGGCUUUUCUAGCUGCCAUUGUGCUUGUCAUCUUUCUGAGGACUAUUCGGAGAGAUCUGACACAGUAUGAAGAGAUUGACAAAGAUGCUCAAGCUGAGAUCUCCGAGGAGGUUUCCGGCUGGAAACUUGUUGCAGGAGAUGUCUUCCGGCCUCCCCCAAAUGCAGACUUCUUAUGCAUUUUGGUAGGUGAUGGAGUGCAGAUACUGGGAAUGGCCUUUGUUAUUGUCUUGUUUGCCGCAUUUGGGGUCAUAUCACCAGCUUCCCAUGGAGCCCUCCUCACUGGGAUGCUCUUCUCCUACUUGAUUCUUGGAUUUGUAGCUGGAUAUGUGAGUGUGAAGCUAUGGAGAGCAGUCAGUGGAGGGGAAAGAAAGAAUUGGGCAUCAGUCUCUUGGAGGGCCUCCUGUUUCUUCCCUGGAGUUGCAUUUCUAGUCCUAGUUUCCAUGAAUUCUCUCCUAUGGGGCAGUCAGAGCACUGGGGCAAUACCCUUCUAUCUCUUUGUCAUCCUCCUCCUCCUAUGGUUCUUUGUCUCGGUUCCUCUCACUUUAGUUGGAGGCUACUUCGGACUAAAAUCAAGUUCAAUUGAAUAUCCAGUUAGAAUCAAUCACAUUGCCCGCGAAAUCCCACCACCAAAGUACCCUUCAUGGCUUGUUGUCAUAGGAGCAGGCACUCUCCCUUUUGGUACUCUAUUCAUUGAGCUAUACUUCAUCAUGUCAAGCCUUUGGCUAGGCCAAGUCUACUAUGUCUUCGGGUUUCUUCUUGUAGUGAUGAUACUUCUUGUGAUAGUAUGUGCAGAAGUUGCCCUUGUUCUAACCUACAUGCAUCUUUGUGUGGAGGAUUGGAGAUGGUGGUGGCAGUCCUUUUUUUCGUCUGGUUCAGUGGCGAUAUACAUACUGAUGUACUGUGUCAAUUACCUUGUAUUCGAUCUCCGGAGCCUGAGUGGCCCUGUAUCAGCUACUCUCUAUCUUGGAUACUCUUUUCUCAUGGUUGUUGCAGUGUUGCUUGCAACUGGUUCUGUUGGUUUCCUGUCCUCAUUUUGGUUUGUCUACUUUCUCUUCUCUUCUGUAAAGCUUGACUGAAUAUGAAUCUGGUUCAAAGCCCUUUACAA